AUGGCUUCUAUAGACGUAGAGGAUGUUCUCUCGAAGCUUACAGAAAGAGAAAAGAUCUCAUUACUUGCAGGCACCGACUUCUGGCACACACAAGCAAUCCCGAAGCAUGGCGUCCCUGCCCUGCGACUCUCGGACGGUCCCAAUGGUGUUCGUGGCACUCGCUUCUUCAACGGCGCACCAGCAGCCUGUUUCCCUUGCGGAACAGCUUUGGGUGCAACUUUCGACACUGAGCUCCUCGAAGAAGCCGGCCGUCUGAUGGGCAAGGAGGCCAUCGCAAAAGGCGCUCACGUGAUUCUCGGUCCCACUAUCAACAUGCAGCGUUCUCCCCUUGGUGGCCGUGGUUUCGAAUCCAUCGGCGAAGAUCCAUUCCUGGCAGGCCUGGGAUCCGCAGCUUUGGUCAAGGGUAUGCAGGAGAAUGGCGUUGUGGCCACCAUCAAGCACUUUGUCGGUAACGACCAAGAACACGAACGUAACAGAGUGGAUUCUAUCGUCACUGAACGUGCGUUGAGAGAGAUCUAUCUCAUGCCUUUCCAAUUGGCUGUGCGCGACGCUUAUCCCAAAUCCUUCAUGACUGCUUACAACAAGAUCAAUGGCACACAUGUCAGUGAGAACACAAGGAUCUUGAAGGACAUCUUGAGAGGAGAGUGGGGAUGGAAGGGUCUGGUGAUGAGUGAUUGGUUUGGUGUAUACUCUACAUCCAAGUCUGUCAUUGCCGGCUUGGAUCUAGAAAUGCCUGGGCCCACCCGUUUCAGAGGAGAAGCUUUGGUUCACGCUUCGACUGCCAACAAGAUCCCCGCUGGCGUCAUCGACGAGAGAGCUAGACAAGUGCUGGAGCUGGUCAAUGAGUGUGCUGCAUCCGGCGUCAAGGAAAAUGCCGAGGAGACUACCAACGACACACCGGAGACAUCAAAGUUGCUACGAAGGCUCGCCGCUGAAUCGAUCGUACUGAUGAAGAACGAAGGCGAUAUUUUGCCCUUGAAGAAGGACAAGAAGAUCCUGGUUAUUGGUCCUAACGCAAAGGCUGCAACCUACUGUGGUGGUGGCUCAGCAUCUCUUCGCCCAUACUACGCUGUGACUCCCUUUGAUGGCAUUGUUGACAAGGUCGACGAGGGGAAUGUUGAUUUCAGCAUCGGUGCAUACUCUCACAAGGAAAUGCCUAGCUUGGGCGCAGAAUGGAGAACAACACCCGGAGAUGAUGGCGAGCACGGAGCACUCUUCAAGGCUUUCAACGAGCCCCCUUCGGACAAGGACCGUAAAUGUGUCGAUGUUCUUGGACCUUUCACAAACACCUCGAUGAUGUUCAUGGACUACAAGAACCCCAAACUCAAGUCUGGACUUUGGUACGCUGAUAUCGAGGCAUACUACACUGCUGAUCGCGAUGGUGAUUAUGAGCUCGGUGUCUGUGUCUACGGUUCGGCCAAGGUCUUCGUCAACGACAAGCUCGUUCUCGAUAUUACAGAAAACCAGCGUCAAGGUUCUGCCUUCUUCGGUCUCGGUACGGACGAGGACAUCUGUUCCGUCCCCAUGAAGAAGGGAGAGACUUACUUCGUUCGCCUCGAGUUUGCAAGCGCGCCUACCAGCAAGUUGACCGGCGGCAGCGUUGACUUUGGCGGUGGUGCCGUUCGUAUUGGCGGCGCCUGGAAGAUCGACGCUGACGAGGAGGUCCGCCGCGCUGCUGAGCUUGCAAAGUCUGCCGACCAAGUUCUUAUCUGUGCAGGCCUUAACAUGGACUGGGAGAGUGAGGGCUUCGACAGACCAGACAUGAAGUUACCAGGCCAUCUGGACCGCCUUAUCGCCGCCGUCGCAGAAGCCAACCCUCGCACAGCUGUUGUUCUACAAAGUGGUACACCAGUCGAGAUGCCCUGGCUGAGCAAGGUACCUGCUGUGCUUCAAGCAUGGUACGGUGGUAACGAGACUGGUAAUGGUAUUGCAGACGUCGUAUUCGGUGACGUCAACCCUUCCGGCAAAACUUCAUUGUCCUUCCCUAUCAAGAACGAGGACAACCCAGCUUUCCUCAACUACCGUUCAGAAGCUGGUAGAGUGCUUUACGGCGAGGAUGUGUACGUCGGCUACCGCUACUACGACACCCUCGGUCGGCCCGUUGCAUUCCCCUUCGGCCACGGACUCUCAUACUCGACCUUCAGCUUCUCAGACCUCAAGAUUCAAACACCCACAGAUACCGAAGGCGAUCUUCUCGCCAGAGUCACAGUUAAGAACACCGGCAAAGUGGCUGGAGCACAGGUCGCUCAACUCUACAUCUCACCCCUCUCACCUUCCCUCCGCAGACCAACAAAAGAACUUAAAGCCUUCAAAAAAGUCUUACUCCAACCCGGCGAGGAAAAGACAGUCGAGCUCAAGGUUGCCCUAAAAUACGCCACUAGCUUCUGGGACGAGAGCAGAAACGCUUGGAGAUCUGAGAAGGGUGAAUACAAGGUUAUUAUCUCGGAUAGCAGUGCUGUUGGCGAGAGUGCUGUCGAGGACACUUUCGAGGUACAAAAGACCAAGUGGUGGAAUGGACUUUAG